CUGACACCAUCAACACCCACGCAUCACCCUCCCUACCCUCAUCCUCAUCCCUAAAUACUACCGUCUCGCCAUCUCAAACGUACAACCAUGGCGUCCGUUUUCAACUCUGGUCCCCUGCCGACAGGACAACCUGGCUAUUCCUUUUCCAAUGCCACAGGCCCGAAUGAAGCGUCGGGGCCCCGACAACAUGGUUUCUACCCAUAUACAGACAAUGGUGGAUCAACGCUAGGUAUCACCGGAGCCGACUUUGCCAUUCUUGCAGGCGACACUCGAUCCACGUCAGGCUACAAUAUCAACUCACGAUACGUGCCUAAGCUUUUCCGCAUUGGCGAAGACGAGGAACAGUCUUCACGCAUUGUUCUAUCUGUUGUCGGGUUCGCCGCAGACGGCAAUGCGCUGAAAGAGCGAUUGGAUGCGAUCUGUAAGAUGUACCGCUACCAACACGGCAAACCGAUCAGCGUCAAGGCUUGUGCGCAGCGUCUGUCAACGAUUCUUUACGGCAAACGCUUCUUCCCCUACUACGUCCACGCAAUCCUAGGUGGCAUUGACGAGGAUGGAACCGGAGCACUGUACAGUUAUGACCCUGUGGGCAGUUACGAAAGAGAGCAAUGCCGAGCAGCAGGUGCAGCAGCCAGCUUGAUCAUGCCCUUCUUGGACAAUCAGGUCAACUACAAGAACCAGUACAUCCCAGCGUCAGGUGAAGGCCUGUCAUUACAAGAGAGACCUCGAGAGACGCUGCCGAAAGACAUUGUGCUAGGGUUGGUGAAGGAUGCUUUCACGAGCGCGACCGAAAGACACAUCGAGGUUGGUGAUGGUCUACAGAUCUUGAUCAUCACAAAGGACGGAAUUGAGGAGCAAUAUGUGCCUCUGAAGCGGGAUUAGACCUGCCUUUCAAUCCAACGAAUUGACUGUUUGGCUCGGGUGGAUUCAGCGGCAACAUCACAACUGUACGCAUAGUAUCGGCGAAAGGGGCAAAUCAAAGACUGGCUUUCUGGCCGGGGUGUAUUGAACUACAAUCAAGACCAAGUAACACUGCACUUUCAUGAUUCACC